GAGCUCCGGAACGCUGGUCGAAGAUGGCGGCGCUGUGUGUGUGCCGGUUUGCUAGAAGAAGCUGGCUGUGGAAGGUCCCUUUGGCUACUCAUAGAGACUUUUGGUCUCGAUUCAGAAAGGAGGAAGAGCCAGUGGUGGCUGAGGCAGUCGAAGAAGUGAAAAAAGAGCCUGUUCUGGUGUGUCCACCCUUACGAAGCCGAGCAUACACACCACCUGACGAUCUCCAGAGUCGCUUGGAAUCUUGUGUUAAAGAAGUUCUUGGUUCAUCUCUUCCUAGUAAUUGGCAAGAUAUCUCCUUGGAUGAUAGUUCUGUGAAGUUCAGACUCUUGGCACAUUUAGCUGAUGACUUGGGCCAUGCUGUACCUAAUUCCAGGCUUCACCAAAUGUUCAAGAUCAAAGAUGUUCUUGAUUUCUAUAAUGUUCCCAGAGUUCAAGAUAGAUCUAAAUUUGAUGAACUUGUAGCCAGUAAUUUGCCUCCCAAUUUGAAAAUCAGUUGGGGUUACUGAGCAUUUCAGCAGUUAACUGCAUUGAGAUCAUUGUUACUCUCCUCACUGCAGUGGCUGGCAAACCUUGUGAUAUGGUACCCAUCAGAACUCUUCUCUAAACCUCCCUUUCCUUUCCUUUUUUCCCCCUGUAGAAGAACACAUCUUUUUUCUCAUGGAGAAUCAACAAAGAAAACAUUUUCACAUUUGCUAAAGCUAUCCCCCCCCAAUAAAAUCAAGUUUGAUAA